CCUGCUGCAAACUUCCGUACGACGUUGGUUUUACAGCUCUGCGAGAAGCAAAAUGGCAUCCCCAACGGUGACAUUAUCAGCCCUGCUGCUGCUUCUGCUGCUUCUCGGGGUCUGCGAGGGUCACCCCGACGGAGCAGACGAAGAGUCGUGCAAGGACAUGUUGCCUGAACACGGCUGCGAAGGCAAAAGCGCCGAGGAAGGCUACGCCGAGGGAUACCGUCUCGUCCAGGCAAAGGACUACUACAAUGCAAGCGAUGUUUUCUUAGUGUCGCUGUUGAGCGUGGGGUCGCCCUUCAAGGGAUUCCUCAUCAAGGCCUUUGACGAGAACGAAAAGGACCUGGGCUCCUUCAGAAGCACCGGACCCGACGCGAAAAAGAUGACGCACUGCGCCGGAAUCACGCACACCGACAACGACGACAAGCGCCACGUCUUGGUCAACUGGGUGGCUCCGGCCGAUCGCGCGGGCAAAGUGCAUUUCAAGGUCACCGUUGUAAAGGAUUUCAGCAACUUCUAUUUAGGUCUGGCCGGCACACUUCCUAGACUCAACUUGAUCAAUUGGCAGGAAGAGGACGAAUAUUCGCACCCCUUGGAAAAUUAUUUAUACACAAAAUGAGGAAAGGAA